UGAUCAUGGUCAUGAUGAUAGUAUAACUCUGCAAACGCCCGUUACGGUGCAUAGAUCAGGGUGUUUCAUUUUUAAUAGGAUUUCACUUGUAUUUUUAUGUAUUUCGUUUUUCUUCCAUGCUAUCUUAUUACUGAAUUAUGCUGCUUCUUUGUCAGUGACGAAGUACAUUUUUAAUAACAAUGUUUUCGGUGUCCGUGACUACCGUCCUUCUCGGCUGGACUGUAUUCAUUUGCUGUGCAUGGCUAAUAAGACGUCCAAAGAACUUGCCCCCUGGUCCCUGGUCCUGGCCCGUCAUCGGAUACCGAGCUGGACCUGGUCAACUUCACGAGUGCUACACCGGUCUAUCUAGGCGGUAUGGCCCAAUCUUCAGCCUCCGGAGGGGUCCUUUUCUUGUGGUGGUGCUGAAUAACCGUGACGUCAUUCGACAGGCCCUUGUCAAACAUGCAGAUAUGAUUUCUGAUCGCUUCAUACCUAAACAUGUUCAAAUGGGCAUACCAACAUCAAACCCGCAUGCUUCUGUCGUUUGGAGCAGUGGUAAACCGUGGGGCGACCUCAGGAAAUUCAGUCUGACCGCCCUCCGUAAUUUCGGCAUGGGGAAGAGGAGUAUCGAACCACAUAUCAACAUCGAAGCGCGGUACCUUUGCGAAGAGAUAAAGAAACUCAGAGGUCAUCCAACCGAUCUUCGCACCAUGUUGAACAAUACAUCGGCCAAUGUCAUUUGCAAAAUCGUAUUUGGGCGUCGAUUCGAAUACGAUGAUGAGGAAUUUCAGCGAAUCCUGGGCGCCUUCUUUGAAAGCGUUAGUAACAUCUCGGGUUCUGAUCUAGUCAACGUCUUUUCGUUUUUACUGCACAUGCCACGGUACGACCGUUUUCGUCGUAAUCGCUCCGUUUUCACGACAUUCAUCAAGUCUCACAUGAAACUCCAUACAAGUUCAUUUGAGAAGGACAAUAUCCGUGACAUCAUCGAUGCAUACUUGGCCGAUGAUGGAAUCUCGAGAGAUUUUACGGUUCAAGAAUUUGGGAGAGUCGUUUUGGAUUACUUUGUUGCUGGGACGGAGACCACAUCUACUGUUCUCUCUUGGGCCAUUUUGUACCUGGCCCUCUACCCUGAAGUUCAGAGAAAAGUCCAGUGCGAGCUGGAUACCGUUGUUGGAAAUGGUCGUCAGCCAGCCAUCAGCGACCGUGCCCGCCUUCCAUACUGCGAAGCAACCCUGAUGGAAACCAUGAGGAUCCGCCCUGUGGUACCCCUCUCAGUACCGCACAUGACUUCCGGGAGUGUCUCUUUGGGUGGAUUCACCAUCCCUGAAGGAACGAUCAUCAUCCCGAAUCUUUGGGCGGCGCAUCACGACCCUGACGUCUGGGAUGAUCCUGACGACUUUCACCCCGAACGAUUCCUUGAUAACCAAGACAGUCCGACGGUGAAGAAGAAUGACUCGUGGAUCCCGUUUGGUUUAGGUCGCCGGGAAUGUCUGGGUGCUCAGCUGGCCAAGAUGGAAGUCUUUCUGAUGUUCGUCAAUCUUUUUCAGCGGUUUGAAUUCAAACUACCUCAUCACCACUGUACUCACACCAAGCCGGGCGCCAGCGGGUUAAUAAUGCCACCAGAACCGUACGAACUCUUCCGAUCCAGUCUUUUUGUCAGUGGGCGUGUGUGCAUCAAGUAUUAUUCUGUCCUCUGUGAUGCCUUUUGUUUGCUCAGGUCAGCGAAAAGGGUAUGGCACAAUACCCUGCACUAA